AUGGAUCACGGCAUGGGAAUGACAACGCGCCAUUUGGCGGUGAGGUUUGACGAAAACGGGGCCAUGAGGACCGUGAAGACGUCGAGAUCAAUAAACCCAGAAAAGUUGAAAAUUAGAGCGACUUAUGGAAUUAAAAUACUAGACUGUCUGAAAAAGGGAAGGUCGGAGCUUUUGGCCCAAAAGAAUCCCCCAAUGCUCCACUCAAACGACCCCUUUGGCAAGGACUAUCUAGACACGAUUGAACUUGAAAUAUUAAGCACAAAAAUCUGUGACCUGUGCUAUGACCGGUAUGACAGGCAGCAGUUUAAACGCAAGAUUUUUGACAUUUACACGAACCUAAAGCGGGACAAUAACAAGGACCUCAGAAGAAGAGUCCUCACCAAAGAAAUGAGCGUAGAGGAACUUGUCAGAGCCGACACGCUGGAACUAGCUCCAGACGUUUUAAAGAGGAAACGAGAAGAGGAAGUAGAGGCGCACUACCGCAGAAAUGUUAUUCUCCCAACCAUGGAUCAGGACCCAGUCGACCAGGUGAUAGCAGUUGCAACCGUAGAAGAUAUUCCUGUGGUUCCAGUGGAGCCUACUAUGGAACCAGAACCAUCUACCCAUCCAGAGGACGAAUCGGCCAGACUAGAGGAGACAAGUAGUGAGGAGGACUCCUCAUCGGAUAGUUACGAUGAUGAAGACAGCGAGUCAGAGCCUGAAACGGAAAUAAAUGAGUCGGGUAACGAAUCUGAGCCCGUAGAAUCGCAGCCUGAAGAGGUAGAGGAAAGCAUCGAGUUGACCAGCAAGGCAACGGCGGCUCGGAGAAUCGAUUCUGACGACGAGCAAGAGGAAAAGCUGGCAAAACCUCCCUCGUGUUUGGCGUUUACAGUGGAAGAGACGAGGAGGAAAAUUGAGGAGCGCAUCAAAAAGCUUCCCAAAUUUAUCGCAAAGGCGUUCAUGUCACCGUUUCAAGCAGGUUCCAAAAGGAUUGAUUCAUACGUCAAAAGAUCUACAAUAUUGUCAGAGAGACAGUCCGUCGUUGGUUAG